AUGUUGCUAGAAACAGAAUUUCUAAAGGCCCAAGCACCGGGAGCGGUAUUUGUUAGCACCCUGGCAUUGUUGGGAUUGUUCGUGCUCAGAGAGGCCCUCUUUCAACCUAUCCAGGACCAUGGAUAUCCAAGCCCGGUAGUUCGAGUUAGUCCCUACGAGCUCGACAUCUCUGACAUUGACGCCGUGAAGGAAAUCCAUCGAGUAGGAGGACACUAUCGCAAAGCAGAUUUCUAUAAUAAUAUAGGGCACCGCAGUAUCAAAACCCUGUUUAGCACAACUGAUCCUCAUUACCAUGCAAUUCGUCGGCGUCUUCUCUCUGCAGGAAUGGCACACACCAACCUUUCAACGGUGGAGCCCUUGGUUUAUGAUCGUCUUCAGCUUACGAUGAAUCAGAUGGCAUCAGAAAUGAGACGGCGAGGUGUGGUUGACGUUUUCAAGUGGUGGACAUUUAUGGCUACCGACGUUAUCGGAGAGCUGAGUUUUGGCCAGUCCUUUCAGACUCUGGAGCAUGGCGAGAAAACCCAAUACGUGAGAGACCUGGAAAACGUCUCCUCUUUUAUGGCUGUCAGGGUUACUUUCCCAAAGUUAGUGGAGUACUCAAGCUUCUUUCCCAUACCGAUUUUGAGACGAGUACAACAAGCAGGCGGACGCAUGGCUCAAUAUGCGCAAAGGGCUAUUAAGAAUUACCAAUCGAUGAUUGAUAAAAACCCGGAAAACCCCAAGCAGACACUUUUUACCAAAAUGUUCAAUAGUGGACCAGACGGUCUCACUCUGGCAGAGAUCACUCCCGAGGCUGGUGGAUAUAUUGUGGCCGGCAGUGACACCACUGCCAUCACCUUGACUUACCUUGUAUGGGCUGUUUGCCGUAACCCGGCCAUUAGAGACAAGUUGGUCGCCGAAGUCAACACGUUGCCAUCUGAUUUUAAUAAGGAUCACAUUCGUGAUUUGCCUUUUCUAAAUCAGGUAAUCCAUGAGGCCUUGCGCCUACAUUCUGCCGUUCCCAGUGCUUUGCCGAGAGCAGUUCCCAAAGAAGGAGCGACUUUGGCUGGAUACAAUAUUCCAGGAGGGAUUACUGUGUCUACUCAGGCUUAUACCUUACAUCGCAAUGCCGACGUCUUCCCGGAGCCUCAAAGCUUUGAUCCCAGCAGAUGGGAAGAACCCACCAAAGAGAUGAAACAUGUUUUCAUGCCUUUCGGUGGUGGCUCUCGAAACAAUAGCUCAGUGACUGGAGUGGUCUUCUGGUCUUUGAUAGAGGAGGAUGAGGAAUAG